AUGGAUGGUACCCUUGGCUUUACUACUACUUUAGCCACCGUGCCAAAAGGUCUGAGCAAAGUUGUUGAUUGCACUGUCGUCGCUGCCCCAGAUAUUUAUCCACCUGGUGUGUCAAGCUCUUCAUUUUCCAAGGGAAGCAAGAGAAAAUGGAGCUUUACUGAUGAAUCUUCUCUGGUUCUUGGCUCAGGCCGUUCAUCAAGUUCUUGCAUUACCAUUUGCUCUUGGAAAGAAAUGGAAGAGGAGCCUUCAAUUGAUCUUGAUCUAAGUAUCAACUUCAACCGAGGAGGUAACAGAAUGUCCAAUCCAAAUAGGGCAUCUGCUGGGACUUUAAAUGCAUUUGAAGUUAGGAGGCCUAAACUAGACCUCGAAUUAAGUCUGUCUACUGGACCUACUGCAUCUGAUUUGACCAUUUUCCAAGGGUUCAGUCCUUAUCAGAACAAUUCUGAGUCACCAGCCUUAGUUGCUUCAGCUCAAGUUGUUGAUGAAGGGUCGACAUCAUCUCGGUCGAAAACUGGGUUUCAUGUUUCUACACUGCCGAAUAUUGCUAAUUCUGUUCCUGUUGACAAUAUCCAUUGUUUUGGAAAUCCUAUCCCAGUGACCCCAAAACUUCCAUUCAGAGCAGCAGCGACACCGUCCUCAGUUGCUGGUACUUUUGGAUUGGUUAAUCAGCAAAAGAAACGGAGAGCCAGUGCGAAAGUCUGCAUGGUCGAAGGAUGCAUAAAGGGAGCAAGAGGUGCUUCUGGUCUCUGUAUUGCCCAUGGAGGUGGGAGAAGGUGUCAGAGAGCUGGCUGUCAGAAGGGAGCCGAAGGAAAAACUUUCUGCAAGGCACAUGGAGGUGGUCGCCGGUGCCAGUAUCUUGGAUGCACUAAGAGUGCAGAAGGGCGUACUGAUUAUUGUAUAGGGCAUGGAGGUGGUAGGCGUUGCACUCACGAGAGUUGUCCUCAUUCAGCAAGAGGUAAGAUGGGAUUUUGUAUUCGUCAUGGGGGCGGCAGAAGGUGCAAGAUUGAAAAUUGCACUAAGAGUGCCGAGGGUAUUUCUGGUCUCUGCAUAUCCCAUGGAGGCGGCCAUCGGUGCCAAUAUCCGUGGUGCUCAAAGGGUGCUCAAGGGAGUACCAUGUUCUGUAAAGCUCACGGUGGUGGCAGAAGGUGCACGUUUUUUGGGUGCACAGAAGGGGCAGAAGGGAGCACUCCAUUCUGUAAAGGCCAUGAAGGGGGCAAAAUAUGUCAAUUUGUAGGAUGCACAAUGAGCGAGCACGGGGGAACUUUAUUUUGUGUUAGUCAUGGUGGUGUCAAGAGUUGCACCGAACUCGAGUGUACCAAGAGUGCAAGAGGGUGCACCACCUAUUGUGUUCGUGAUGGUGGUGGAAAAGGUGCAAUCUUGAAGGAUAUACCAAGAGUGCACAAGGCAGAACUGAUUUUUGGCAGUCAAGGUGCCAGUCCAUGUGACAAGUUUGACAAGUUCACAACCGAGAAAUUGAGUUUGUGCACUAUACACGGUGCUCAAAUAGAAGAUAAACGGAUCCACGAGAAUGCUUUAAUGGAUUCUACCACACACAACCCACAUUCUUGUGCAUUUGCACAGACGGAAGGGAUCUUUGCAUCUGGGCACAAUCUUUUUGAUCGCAUUUCAACUAUGGAACGUGGGACUCCAAUUGGUUAUGGACACAAAUUGAUUUCUAUGCCAAUUAGACAGCAGGUUGGAAAUGUUUGUUCAAAUAAUUUCUCUCUUCCAGAAGACAUGGUGCAUGGAGGACUCUUAAUGGAAAUGCUCAGUGGAAGCACAUUCUUCGGGACGAGCAACAAGAAUCAAGAAGUCGGUAUCCAAUUGGACACAGGAAAAUCUUAUGUCCUGCCUCAUAGUUUGGUGUAA